CAGCUUUAACAGAAAUUGAAAAGGUCACAAAACUACUAUCAUCAACUACAGGUCAAGCAUUAUCAUCUCAAGAUGUUAUUUAACGGAAUCCUCUCUCUGUCGAUCCAUCUAGAUAUACAAAUUUCUACAUAACUGGGAUAAAUAGUAACAGAGCAUACUACAGCAACAUGCAUUGAAUAGUCAGUAGCCUGCGGACCCACUUAUGGGGUCAAACCAAAGUACUCCAAGAAUAUUAUCAAUCCCAACAAUAUUAUCAACCACUGUAUGCUAUAUCUUACUAGUUACGAUGUUCCGAUAUCAUUAUCAAGAUCAGAUAUGUCAUUCUUCAUACUCUAAAAAAAGGCCGACGUCAUUUGAUAUUCUAGUCCAUAGCAUCCCUUUUUUCAGUGAGCAAAAAAAGGAAAAAACUUAAUCAUUGUGAUAUUUCCUUCUUAUUCCUUAGACUGGAUGGAACUUCUAGGAAGAAACCUCAUGAUCACGAAGACUGAGAGUCUUCCUUGUAUUGUAGACAACAAUGAAGAAACGCAGUUCAACCACACUGAUAUUGUAUGUCGCGCUCCUAGUACUGUUCUUAGUAUCUCAGAUCAAGGUCUCACAGAUCUUCAAACUACUAGCAGCUAUUUAUUCUACAAGGAGGGAUCAAGGAACAAUACUUCCGAUCUCAUUGGGCCCGCAGGCCGGGGCAAAUGCAGGCCCAACUUUGGCCAGCCCAAUCAUCUGCAACCGAUCUCAUCUUAGUUAUGAUAUCUGUUCAAUCAACGGCCCAACUUUGCUCGACCCAAAUGUGUCCACCUUCUAUGUCACGGGCCCCAUCAACUCAACACCUCAGGUGGAAAAAAUCCAGCCUUACCCUCGAAAAUGGGAUCGUUACAGAAUGUCCAACAUCAAAGAAAUCAAUCUAAUCUCAGGCCCAUCAAACUCACCAUGCAUGGUCCAACACACUGCCUCAGCCCUAGCAUUCAGUGUAGCGGGGUAUGAUGGCGAUUUCUUUACCGACUUCUACGAUGAAUUCAUUCCACUCUUCAUCACCAUCAAUUCGGUCUUCUACACUAGAGACUAUGUCCUUGUGAUAUCAAAUGCACACGAUUGGUGGAUGUGGAAGUACGCAGAUUUGCUCCAAAGCUUCACUAAGCACCCAAUUAUAAAUCUCGAUAAUCAGACGACCACCCAUUGUUUUCCUUCAGCCACAAUAGGGCUUAUAUCACUUGAUCUAAUGGCCAAAAACCCAAAACCAUUACCAAACUUGAAAACAAUCCUACCUUUCCAUGCACUACUACAGAAAACCUACGGUCAAAACCAAAACUCCAUUUCUACCCCACUAAAAUCCCGACCGCAGCUUGUGUUAGCAGGGCGGAAGGGUGCAAUCGGGCGGUUGAUAUUGAAUCAGGUGGAGGUGAAAAAGGUUGCGGAAGAGUUGGGUUUUGAUGUCAUCGAAUUCGAGCCGAAGUAUGCCACAUCCAUGCGCAGAGCGUAUGAAUUAAUGAGUUCAAGCCAUGCAAUGAUAGGGGUCCACGGUGCAGCGCUCACUCACUUCUUAUUUCUCAGGCCAGGCUCGGUGUUUAUGCAAGUGGUACCAAUUGGAACGCAAUUGCUGUCGGAAGUGUGUUUUGGGAUUUUAGCAAGGGAGAUGCGGUUGGAGUACAUGGAGUACAAAAUUGGAGUGGGAGAGAGUAGCUUGGUGGAGAAAUAUGAGAAGGAAGAUAUGAUGAUAAAGGACCCGGAGGCUUUUUUGGAAAAGAAGGGUUGGUCUAGUGAAACAGUGGAGCCAUAUUUGAAGAAACAAAAUGUGAGAUUUGAUUUGGUUAGGUUAAGAAAACAUUUGAAGAAGGCCUUUGUGAAGGCAAAAUCAUUCAUGGAGAGAGAGGGUUAGAAUUUGUUAUUGCGGCCAUUUGCUCUGUGAAGAGAAGGCAGUUCAAAAGGAAAGAGGGGGGAUUGAGUACUCAAGUAAAGAUUUGAAUUGGAGAGAAAAAAGAUUCAAGUUUUCUAAAUUUGCCCACAAUAAGCAUGUAAAUUUUUAUGUUUCAUUAUUUAAAUAAGUAAAAUCUCCUAGUUUUUCAAUCUACUACCCUACUCAGCUCAAUAUUUAUUUAUACUUUCUACUAUCAAACACCUUAAUACUUACAAAGAGUAAUGAAGUCAUAAAC